GGCUGCAUCUGCACGCGCCUUUCAUUCUGUGAAGAGGAGAUUUUCCUGUUCAGGCUUCUAUAAAGUGAUCUUAUCUGGAAAUGAAGCUGCACCGCCUCAGCAGUCCCGUCCUCCUCCUCAUCAUCAUCAUCAUCUUCAUCCAGAGUGCUUUUGCGAUGUUCAUCCCCAAUGGCACACACCUGGAAGCCAUGAUGGAGAAGUACAUGGAUAAGGAGGACUCGUGGUGGGAAUCUAGGCCGAGGGGCAAGAGAGCGAUCUCUCACAGCGACAUGCAGCUCAUCCUCGACCUUCACAACAAGCUCCGGGGUCAGGUUUAUCCUCCUGCAUCCAACAUGGAGUACAUGGUGUGGGACACUGAGUUGGAGCGCAGUGCAGAGGAUUGGGCUCACACCUGUCUGUGGCAGCACGGCCCGUCUCACCUGCUCACACAGAUCGGGCAGAACCUGGGGGCGCACUGGGGCAGAGAACGACCUCCAACCUUUCAUGUGCAGGCAUGGUAUGAUGAAGUUCAGCACUUCAGCUUCCCCUAUCCACAGGAGUGUAACCCAUACUGUCCCUACAGGUGCUCUGGACCCGUCUGUACACACUACACACAGUUGGUUUGGGCCACCAGCAAUAAAAUCGGCUGUGCCAUCCACAUGUGUUACAACAUGAACGUCUGGGGAAUGAUCUGGGCCAAAGCUGUCUAUCUAGUGUGUAAUUACUCACCACCGGGGAACUGGUGGGGUCAUGCGCCAUACAAACAUGGCCGGCCGUGUUCGGCGUGUCCAUCCAGCUACGGAGGCGGCUGCAGGGACAACCUCUGCUAUAACGGUAAUGUCAGUCAGAGAUAUUUUAUCCCUGAGCGAGAGGAGAGUAACUACAUCGAGCCAGAGCCGUCGCACAACCAACCAUCUCCACCUGCUGAUCACUCACACACACCAGCACCAGCACGGAAGCACAGCCUGGACAGGAACGAGAUCAUCAGCACUGAGCAAAUGUCUCAGCAGGUGGAGUGUGAUGUAAAACUGCGGGAUCGGUGUAAAGGAACCACCUGCAACAGGUUCGAAUGUCCACCAGGUUGUUUAUACAACUACGGAAAAGUGUUGGGAUCGGGAUAUUAUGAUGUGCAAUCCAGUAUCUGUGGUGCCGGUUUGCACGCCGGGAUUAUAGACAAUGAUGGAGGCUGGCUGGACGUCACCAGAGUCGGCAGACGAACGUAUUUCACCAAGUCGCACCAAAACGGAGUUCAGACGCUGGUGAAAGAACAAAGUGCUAAUGCCUUCACCGUGUCAAAGGUACCAGUGAAAGCGAUAUCCUGUGACAUGACGGUGGCUGAGUACUGUCCUUUCAAAAAGCCUGUUACACAUUGUCCAAGGUUGUAUUGUCCUCAUAAUUGCUUGUACAACAGCCACGCCCGUGUGAUUGGGACCCGUUAUUAUGCAGAUAGCUCAAGUAUUUGUUGGGCUGCGAUUCACGCUGGUGUGAUUCAGAAUGAAUCGGGUGGAUAUCUGGACAUGAUGCCAGUGGACAAGAGGCGACACUACAGGGGCUCGUACCAGAACAGAGUCACAUCAGAGAGCUUGCGGAAUCCCACAGGAGGAAAAGCGUUCCGAGUUUUUGCGGUGAUCUGAAGCUCCAGUCCAAGGACACAUGCUGUAACAGAGCACAACAGCCAACAAUAACAGCGUCCCUCAUGCUGAGCUAAAAAUCUCUCAAAGGAUACAAAUGACAUUAACGCCGUCCAUACGGCUAAUUGAGAAACGGCGAUCUUCAGCUCAGUGUGCAUGUUCUGUAUAAUAUCAUGCUGUAAAUGAUUCUUUCCCUAAAUGUUUCUGCAGAAGGACACAGAGGCCAGGCGUUCAAUUUUUCUGUCCCACUUUCUUAAUGAAAGAAAAAUGUUUAAUAUUAGUGCGAUAUCUUAGUAGUCUGGGAUUUAUCUGAUUAUUGCUCGGUACAUGGACUAUCUGUAGCUUCAGCUCAGUCUCCGUCUGACACAUGUUUACUACCAUGCUGUAAAAAUGU